AAGACAUCGAGUUACAGCACCAGCCCCUACCUUCUGUAUAUCCCAACACACAGUAUGCCUAACCCCCCUCACCAGGCUGGAAACCCCGAAGUGGUGGAGCUGGAUGCCACAGCCCCCAUUGAAGCCAUUGUCAACAUUAUCCGGCGAGACGGCGGCAUCAUCAUCAAGAACUUCCUGAGUCCGGAAACCAUCGACCAGAUCCAUGCCGAGGCGCAGCCCUACUGGUCGAAGCUUGGGACCUAUGUUGGGAAACUCUUCGAUGCCGCGGAUCCCCCCCUCAGCGGUUUCGCAGGGAAGUCCCCGACCUUUGCCCACCAAGCGAUCAACCACCCCACAUUCCGCGAGACUGCCAAAGCGCUACUGAAGGAAGAAUCAAAUGUGUAUCGCGAUGGGAAAAGGUACCACACGGUCUCCUACCCCGUCUUGGCCGUGUCGGAGGCCUUCAACCGCGGUUCUCCCUCAACCGCCCAGCAGCUCCAUCGGGACGACAUGGCCCAGCACUUCGAGCAUCUGGAAGAGAGCGGAGAGAGCUCCCUCCUCGGUCUGCUGGUUGCGGGGGUGGACACGAACUUCGACAACGGCGCCACUCAGGUCAUUGUCGGCUCCCACAAGUGGCCCGAAGCAUCCAUCUGUGGCCCCGCGGAUCGAUCCCUCUGCUCGACCUGCGAGAUGAAGAAAGGCGACGCGGUGUUCAUCAUCGGGAGCAUCUGGCACGGGGCGGGUGAGAACCGGACAAACCCGCCCGAGCGCCGCAUCAUCUACUCCUGUCAUAUGACCCGGGGCUCCCUGCGCGCAGAUGAAAAUCAAUACCUCGGGGUGGACUUGGAUGUGGUCAAGACCUACCAGCCGGAGGUCCAGGCCUUACUGGGAUACUCGGUUAGCCACCCCAGCUGUGGUCACGUGGGCAUGAAGGAUCCGAUCACGCUGUUGGGAAGCAGGGAAGAUCCGUUCGGCUAUGGUGACUUCCACGGCCAGGUGGCUGGCGCAGCCUCCUAA